GGUUCUCGCUCCCUAGGUGUGUUUGUUUACUGGUUCCUCCCAGCCUCAGAUGCUCCUGCUCUCCAAUCUGGGGCACUCAGGUGCAGUCAGUCUCCCGGACUCCUGAGCCCUGGACCCAGCCAUGGGCAUCUCCAGGGCCGUCCUCUGCAUCCUGUUCUUCUGUGGAGCACUGGGUAAGGGUCUCACCACUCUCCCUGCCCGGGGGCGGCUCCACUGUUACACCUGCAGCUUUGCCAAACCCUGCUACCCUGUUCCCACCGAGUGUGGGGAUGAUGAAGCUUGUGGCGUCAGCACCGGCACCUCAGAGCAGAGUGAGGUCAUCCAGCGGAAAGGCUGCCUCCCCAGGGCCCAGUGCCCUCUGCCUGGCCAUGCCACCUACUGGUCACGCUCCUACUCGCUGCGGCACCACUGCUGCGACCAGGACCUGUGCAACGCGGCCCCCAGGCCCCUGCUCCCCACCCUGCUCCUCACCACCAGCUUCACCUGCGCAAGCCCCCUCCUCCUCUAGCCUCCUCAGAGCUGCGGCCCUCAACCCAGAUGCCCUCACCGUCUCUGCGGCCCUGGGGACACCUGCCUGACACUUGAGAUGUGGCCAAGAUCCUGCCUUGACAGACAGGCCUCAGCUCCCUGGCCCCACAGCUUUGCAGAGCACUUCCAAGACCUGAUUCCUGUGGGCCCUGCUCCAGCCCCCACAACUUGCCCAGAGCCCGGCCUCAUAAAAAUGCUGUUCUGUGUCUUUUGUCUUUUUUAGAUACCGAGGCUGAUGCCCUCUCCAAGCCCCAGGUCUCUGGCAAGGCAGGUGCUUGAUGGAGCUGUGGGUCCCAGGCAAGGGGAUGGCAGGGACCCCAUGUAUGGAGAGGAGGGGUGUCUUGCCAAGGAAGGUCCAUUUGGUAGAUCAGGAACUUAGGAAGGAGGGCUUGGGGAACGAUGAAGGGCGAAUUUAAUAAAGUGCUAUCUGGGGUCUGGUAA